AUGGGCGUACGAGCUGGUCAUGUUAUAAAGAGCAAUAAACUCUUCGCCCAACGUUGUACUCAACGUGAUACUAUCGAAGCUCGUGGCACUCACAAGGUCGACCCUAACCUGCAUGGUCUGAUUGGCCGUAAAACUGAUCAGGCUGCGGGUUUCACUUACACAGUUGCCAAAAAAGUGAAAGGUAUUACUUGGAAUGCGGCUACCCUCUGUGAGUACUUAGAGAAUCCCAAGAAAUCCAACCCAGGCACAAAGAUGAUCUUCGCCGGGCUGAAAAAGCCCAACGAGCGUGCUGGUCUUAUUGUUUACCUGAAAACAGACGCCAAGUAA